AUGCAGAACCCAUAUCCGACGGUGACGGCAACGACGACGACAGUUGAGUUAGCCAUGUCGAAGUGGUUUGAUAGGCAGAAGAACUCCUUCCUGAAGCAACGGCCUUCGUUUCUCCAGGCACCGAGCGUUGAAAGCAAGCAGUUCGAGCAGUUGUUCCGGUAUGCGUUCAAUUGUUUCCGCCUUUUUGCGCUAACUCCCGGUCAGAUGACGAGCCAGAAGGAGGGCUUUGUGGUGCGCGAUACUCGCUGGAUGAAGCUGACCGUUAGUGUGCUGGUUGUGCUGGUCUGGAUCGCAUUGGUGGAGUCGUUUCGAGUGGAUUACGGAACUGCGUUGAUCACCGGAAUCGCGAAUCACAUCCAGCUCAUCACGAACACGAUCGCACUCACGGUGGCCUGGAUCGUUCCUCAGCUGAAGGCGUCCGAGUUGCAGGCGAUCCUCGAGGGAUACCUGGUCAUCGACCGGGAGCUCAGUAGCUACAAGCUCCCGGAUCUAACGCGGCCGACCAAGGGCAACUUCCUGCUUCGCUACGGAUUGGUCCUGCUGGGACUAACAUUUCUAGUCGCGUACGAUGGUUUCGUGAGCUUCGGGAAGCCACACUCCCCACCGGAGUGGUACUGGCUGGCCACUCAGAUACCCUUCGUCGUGCAGGCGAUGGGUAUUUUCCACGCGUUUCUCCUCAUCAGCUGGCUCCACGAACGGUUCCAGCACCUGAACGCCUUGGUCGAGCAAUACUACCGUCAAGGGCUUGAGUUCAGCGCCAAGAAGGUCGCCACCGCUUUUGCCACUCCGAUCAAGCUGACCGAUGGGUCGGCCCUUGUCAACGUGGUGCUGGACGAUACCUCCAACCGGCGGGAACUCGCCGACGAUCUGCAGAUCCUCGCCAUCGUUUCACGCUCCAUCGACCUGGCGGAGAAGAUUGAGUCCUACUUUGGCCCACUUUUCCUCACCGUCUAUACGGCGCUCUUUACGGUGACCACGAUCCAGUCGUACUACUGCUACCUACACCUCAACUCCAUCGACGAACGGCGGGGACUUUCGGUCGAGUCACUCGUCCUCUCCGGAGGCAUCAUCCUAGCGAACGUCAUCGCCAUCGUCGCGCUGCCGUUCAUCUGCGAGCGUGUCGAGCAGGAGUCGAAGCUGCUGAUGUCCUUCCUAUCCAAGCUGUCGAUGAGACCAGGGCAACAGGCACAGCAUUCGUCCAUCUGGUUCUCGAACCUGAUCGCGAGCGUUCGCUUCUCGGCGCUCGGUUUCUUCACCAUCAACUACAACAUGCUCUCCGGGCUGGUGGCCGGUUUAGUCACCUACUUGAUCAUCUUCAUUCAGUUCAACUCGAUGGUGCCGGCUGGCAAAGACGACCUCCAUUUCGCCCGCUCCAAGAACCCCAGACCACAGAUGGAUUCAAACUAG